CGUUCUCCAGUGUGAUUUGAAUGAAGUACCCUCAAGUAAAGGCCCUCUCCAGUGCUCCCGUCCACAGGCCUGGACAAGAUGCCAAAGCAGGAAAACGGCCAAAGAGAAGAUUCUGUCAUCCUGAAUGACCUCAGUGAAUCAUUUGAAGAAGAAGUUAGAGCCUUCCUCAGUGAUGAAGAAAAGCUGCAUCUUUUUGAUGACCUCACAAAAGUGAAUCCAGUGACAACCAGGACAGUUCUGAAAUGUCUUCAAGCAAGAUACAGAGUCAACCUGUUCUAUACAAAUGCUGGCUGCAGCCUAGUGGCUUUAAAUCCUUUCCAGCCUUUCUCCUGCCUCUACUCACCUGAGCUCAUGAGGGAGUACCACGUUGCACUUUGUCCUCAGGAUUUAAAACCUCACAUCUUUGCAGUGGCUGAGCAAACCUACAGGAAUGUCCAAAAGCAGAUGGACCCUGUGAACCAGUCCAUCAUUGUGAGUGGAGAAAGUGGUGCUGGGAAGACCUGGACCUCUCGCUGCCUUAUGAAAUUCUAUGCCUCUGUUGCUGCCUCAGUUAUCUCCCCAGAAGGCAAUGAAACUGUGGAAAGGAUAGAGAAGAGAGUUCUGGAUUCCAACCCUGUCAUGGAAGCAUUUGGGAACGCCUGCACCCUGAGGAAUAACAACAGCAGCAGGUUUGGGAAAUACAUCCAGCUUCAGCUAGACAGAUUCCAUCACCUGACUGGUGCUUCCAUCCAGACUUUCCUUCUGGAGAAAACAAGAGUUGCCUAUCAGGCCCCCAAUGAAAGAAACUUCCACAUUUUUUAUCAGAUCACAAAAGGUGCUACUGCAGAGGAGAGGCUGGAGUGGAACCUUCCAGAAGGGGCUGAGUACCGCUGGCUGCCAAAUGCUGAAAGAAACUUAGAUGAGGACUGCUUCGAGGUGACCAGAGGGGCAAUGUUCCACCUGGGCAUCGGCCACGCCACGCAGAGCAAUAUUUUCAAGGUGUUAUCAGCCCUUCUGCACCUUGGGAAUGUUCAGUUCUCUAAUCCAAUGGAUGAAUCUCAGCCUUGUGAACUGGAACACAAAACCAAAGAGUUUGUGAAGACCACGGCAGAUCUGCUCCAGAUUCCUGUGGAGGAACUCCUGGAAUCUUUAAGGAUUCGAAAAAUCACUGCUGGAAAACAGCAGCAAGUGUUCAAGAAGCCCUGCUCCAGAGCUGAGUGUGAGACCAGGAGGGACUGCCUGGCCAAAGUCAUCUAUGCCAGGUUGUUUGAGUGGCUGGUUUUGGUCAUAAAUGAAAACAUCUACACAGACCCCUCAGUGUGGACCAGCUUCAUAGGUUUGUUGGAUGUUUAUGGGUUUGAAGCCUUCCCUGAAAACAACUUGGAGCAGCUCUGUAUUAAUUAUGCCAACGAGAAACUGCAGCAGCAUUUUGUAGCUCACUACCUGAAGGCACAGCAGGAAGAAUAUGCAGCUGAAGGCCUGCAGUGGUCAUUCAUAAACUACCAGGAUAACCAGAACUGCUUGGAUCUGAUAGAGGGAAAUCCUCUCAGCAUUUUUUCCUUGCUGAAUGAGGAGUGUCGUCUGAACAGACCCUCCAACACUGACCUGUUCCAAACCAGGAUUGAGAAAGCCUUGUCCAGUAAUCAGUGUCUAAGUCGAGAUAAGUUUAGUAAGAAGCCCAACUUUAUCAUUUCACAUUAUGCUGGCAAAGUCUGCUAUCAGCUGGCAGCAAUGGUGGAGAAAAAUAAGGAUGCUGUUCCACCAGAGCUGGUCCACGUUUUGCAGAACUCAAAGGACCCUUUGCUUCAAAAAUUAUUUCCUGUGACAGAAAAGAACCAAAAUAACACCAAAACCCAGAACAGACCAGCUGUUGUUACAGUGGUGUCCAAGUUCAAGAGCUCCCUGGAACAUCUGAUGGAGAUUUUGAGCAGAACCACCCCCCAUUACAUCCGCUGCAUCAAGCCUAACGCCGACUGCAUGGCCAUGACUUUCAGAACAGAAGAGGUUCUCAGCCAGCUCCAGGCCUGUGGAAUAGUGGAAGCCAUCACCAUCAGUGCAGCAGGUUUCCCAGUCAGGAUCCCUUUCCAAAGUUUCACUGAGCGCUACGAACUACUGAGAAAAUCCUGGGGCUCCAGUAAAAAAAAAGUGUGGGGUAAAAGCAGCUCUCAUCCUGCUGAGAAAAAAGGUGAGACUGCAGUGAUGGAUGAUGACAAAGCACCACGUGCUGCUGUUCUGGAGAUCCUUCAGGAAGCUGUUAGGGGACAAACCCCUGCUCAGGAAACAGGGAAUGGAGCAGAAAUCCCCUCAGUCUACUGUGGCAAAACCAAAGUGUUCAUGGCCAGUUCUGUGCUGGAGCUCCUGGAAGGCAGGAGAGCUGAGGUGUUAAAUGAGAAAGCAUUUUGCAUUCAGUGCUGUUGGAGAAGAUUUAAAGAGAAGAAAACAGCAAAGGAGAAACGCUCAGCAACUCUCAUCCAAGCAGCUGUUCGUUCCUGGCUGGCCAAGAGUCGCUUCCAGAGGAUCCGCAGGGCUGCUGGUGCCAUCCAGCGUCACUGGAGGAGAUGGAAAGCAAAAGCGGCCGCGUUGGCAGCAGCAGAGCUGGACGAGGGGGAAGGAGAGGAGUUCCCAGCUCCUGGAGCUUCCUUGGCCAGCCCUCCCUGUUCUCUGGACACGAGGUGGCCCCUGCAGGCUGUCGUGCAGUCCUGGCCCCUGGGCCUGGCACUGGCUGCUGCCCCUGUCAGAGUCACGGGGCCCCGGAGGGCGCUGGAGCUGCUGAGCUGCCUCAGGGGGCUGCGGGAGGGCUCCAGGGAGCACCUGGGCUGUGGCAUCACCUCCAUCAGAGCCCUCCCACAGGGCUCUGUCAAAUUCCACUGCAGGAAGUCCCCCCUGCACUUUGCCAACGUCAGCCCCCACACUGAGGCGUUUUCCAUCACGGGAUUCAACCAGAUCCUGCUGGACAGAAAGGAACUCCUGCCCACAUAGCCCUGCCCCCCUGGCCUCGGCCUCCAGGGAGGGCUCUCUGCAAGCUGCUGCUUUCCAAUCACUCAACGUCCACUUCUGCUGCUACCUCAGAGCUUCCACAGCGCUGCCUUGUCCAUACCACGGGAUGGAAUGUAAUACACAGCAUAAUACACAUUAUAAUAGACAUUAAAUUCAGUUUAGGGUGUGUGGGGGCAGCUCCUCCUCACCCCACACGUUACAGGAAAUAUCAACACUAUGGGAACAAAUCAAUCCAAACAGAUCAGGUGCUUGAAGCAAUGAAUACUUGAACUGAACGCUGCUGGCACUGCCUGCACGAGCCAGAGGCUGCUCAUGAGAGAGCAAAUAAUGCAAAUAUUCCUGAUUCCUGCUGGGUUCUCAGAGGUGCAACCGUCCUGACUGACCACGAGUGUCCCCAAGGGAGUGAGGAGCAGCCAGCUGCAGCACUAAGGGCAGAUGUCUCAGGGAAAAGCAAGGCUGGGCUGUUGCUUUUAUCUACAGAACCAAAAUUUGUGAGCCCUCACAGCUGCCAGGUGCCUGCAGAGCUCCCCAAAGAGCAGCACCCUGCCCAGGGGCUCACCAGGGGUGCCCUGUACCCUCCCUUUGUUGCUCAUGGAUCUUGAAAAUGUUCAGCUGCUCUGUGUAUGUCAUUUAAAAUAAACUGCUCAAUGCUCUCUCAAGGUGUCUGACCCUUCCCAACAACCUUUAGUGAACAAAAGCAUUUCAG